AUAACACAUUCAUAUCGGCAGUAUAAAAUAUAUGAACAUGAAAAGAGCUGAAAACAGUAUUUGCUGGAUAAGCGUGCUAAGCAGUCGUAAUCUUUUCGAGAGUAAACAUGUCACCGUCACCAUCAUCAACGUCUUCUUAUUAUACCGUUGACAUACGUUCCGAUACGGUAAGUUUACCCACUAUUGAAAUGCGUCAAGCUAUGUUCGAGGCAAAAGUUGGCGAUGAUGUUUAUGGCGAAGAUCCAACAGUUUUGGAAUUGGAAAAAAAGUGUGCCUCGUUAUUUGAAAAGGAAGCUGCUCUGUUAGUACCUAGUGGGACAAUGGCAAAUUUAUUAGCAAUAAUGGUUCACUGUCAUAGACGCGGUACCGAGGCUAUUGUUGGUGACCUAUCCCAUACAUUCCUCUAUGAACAGGCUGGUGCAGCACAAAUUGCCGGUGUACAAUUAGCAACAAUUAAAAAUAAAACAGACGGCACAUUUUGUCUCCGCGAAAUGCAACAUAAAAUGAGACUUUACGAUGACAACCAUGAACCCGUUACGGCGCUGGUUAUUGUCGAAAAUACACACAACAUGUGCGGUGGCAAAGUGUUACCCCUCGAAUGGUUGAAUGAACUGGCUGGCAUUUGUAAAAAUCCCGCAAAGACAAAUGGCAAAAAUAUUGCCCUCCACAUGGAUGGUGCUCGGGUAUUUAAUGCUGCGGCAUAUUUAAAUGUGCCUGUGGCACGUAUAACAAAGGAUUUCGAUUCGGUGUGCUUUUGCUUGAGUAAAGGUCUAUCGGCACCAGUCGGUUCAGUAUUGGUGGGAACAAAAGCUUUUAUUAGAGAAGCUCGUCAUUUACGUAAAGUUUUAGGUGGUGGUAUGCGUCAAUGUGGUAUUUUAGCUGCUGCCGGCUUAGUGGCACUUGAGACAAUAGUACCUCGCUUAAAUGGGGAUCAUGAAAGAACAAAACGUAUCGCAAAAGCUUUACAUAAUCUACGCAGUCCCAACUUUAGUGUUGACCUAGUAAAUGUUCACUCUAAUAUACUGUUGAUUCAUAUGGUUAAUCCAAAAAUAACUGCCAGUGACUUUGCUAAACGUUUGGGUGAAGUAACAUCUCAAGAACUUCAAGAUGGUUUAACGACAACAACAGACGAUGGCAGUCUGGGUAUUGUAUUGAAGGUCAGUGCCCGUGACUGGGCAUAUGCACGCAUUGUAUUGUAUCAUCAGAUAACGGAUAAGGAUGUUGACUAUGUGAUUAAAAAGUUUGAGUAUGUCGUUAAAGAAUUUGAUGGUUUGUUAUAAGUUGUAUAUGUAUAUAUUUUUGUAUGUAGUAUUGUAUAAUAAAUAUACAAAAUAUUAA